AUGGUGAUGAUCAUGAAAAGUCUCUGUUUUUCUUUCGUAAUCCUCGCUUCUUUUGCAACUUUUUUCACCGUCUCCGAUGCAUGGAGGUUUAACGUCGGAGGUAACGGCGUUUGGGCCAUAAACCCUCAAGAGAAUUACAAUACUUGGGCUGAAAGAAACCGUUUCCAAGUCAAUGACACUCUUUAUUUUAAGUAUGCAAAGGGAUCAGACUCAGUGCAACAAGUGAUGAAAGCAGAUUUCGAUGGCUGCAACGUUAGGAAUCCGAUCAAGAACUUUGACAAUGGUGAAUCUGAGGUUACACUUGAUCGUUCUGGUCCUUUUUAUUUCAUAAGUGGUAAUCAAGAUCACUGUAAGAAAGGACAGAAGCUAAUCGUCGUUGUCCUCGCCGUCAGAAAUCACCCGACUGUUCCUAUUUCUCCGGCUAAACCUCCGUCAAUGGCUCAACCACCAAAAUCUCAUUCCCCUGUUUCUCCUAUUGCUCCGGCGAAACCUCCAACGAAGGCUCAACCUCCGAAAUCUCCUUCCCCUGUUUCUCCGGCGAAACCUCCGACGACGGCUCAACCGCCUAAAUCUCCUUCCCCUGUUUCUCCGGUGAAACCUCCGUCUCAAUCUCAGCCUCCGAAAUCAUCCAUUUCUCCGGCGUCUCCUCCGUCAAAGCCCCAGCCACCUAAGUCGUCUUCCCCUGUUUCUCACUCACCAGUUGUUUCUCCGUCGCAUGCUCCUACAAUCUCUCCGGCGACUCCACCUCCGUCACCACCGAAAUCUCCAUCCCCGACUUCUUCUACAUCUCCGCCUUCUCCUUCGCCAGAUCAAACUCCGACUUCUCCGCCGCCUGAGCAGACUCCACCUACGUCGCCUUCUCCUUCGGGAACAACUCCGACCACCGACAACAUCACCCCACCAGCGCCAAGUCCCAAGAGUUCAGCAAGUGGUGUAGCCGUUACUUCGGUUAUGACUACAGUUUUAAGCAUAGCUUUUAUUGUUUUCAUGUUCGCUUAA